AUGCCCCGAAUAAUCGAGUCCGUCAAAGAUGGCAUAUGGGACUCUUCAGCGCGCUUUCAGCGAUGGCUUGAUACACCCAACGGUCGAGGCGUGCUGAAAUGCACUGUCGCCUACACUAUCGCCAGUCUCGCAACCUUUGUGCCAUUUCUUGCAAACUUUCUUGGUAAACCUGAAGGCAAACAUGUCGUCGCGACAAUUACAGUUUACUUCCAUCCGGCCCGAUCAACUGGGUCCAUGAUCGAGGCUAUUCUUAUCGCUAUCGUCGCCGUGGCUUAUGCCGAGAUUAUCUCGGUUUUGUCAAUGGUUACUUCGGUCUUCUUCGGCUCGACGAUGCAUCUUGUGACUGUGUCACACGUCCUGGUUGUUGUGGUAUUUAUAGGCGGCGGAUUUGGCUUCAUGGGGUGGGUCAAGCAAAGGAUGCUCAACCCUCUUGUGAAUGUCGGGACUACCCUGGCAUCUUUGGCCAUCAUCGGGGUCGUCACCAAGGAGAAUCAUGUUAUGUCCAACGUGUUUUCCAACGAGAAGGUUCUGCAAGUUUUCAAGAUGCUUGUAAUCGGCAUCACAACUACAACUCUAGUCAACGUGUUUCUAUGGCGAACUUCAGCCCGGGCAUCACUCCGAGAAACCAUGAAUCGCGUUUCGAUUCCUUUGGGGGAUAUGCUCUACAUGAUAACCAACAGCUUCCUCAGCGGAUCGGAGGAAGGUCUCGUGUCGGAUGGUUUCACGGCUGCGUCAACGCACUACGCCAAAUCCUAUUCACAGAUGAUGAAGGAUAUGAGAGAAGCCAAGUUUGAGCAUUACUUUCUUGGUCACGAAGCCAUCUACGAGCAUGAAAAGUCUGUUGCAAGAUCUAUGGAGACACUCUCGCAAGCUUUGGGUGGUUUGAGAAACGCGACCAAUACUCAGCUGGAACAAUUGCGGCACCCCAAACCACUGAACUCUGAUAACAACGGGAGAAGCACGGCAAACACAGCAAGGGAGUUGUUCGAGCAGUUUAAUGAGUCUAUUGCGAUGUCAAUGUCUUCAGUGCGACAGAAUCUCUGUCGGAUCUUACAUGAGCCACAAUUUGGUCAACCUCCCCACUAUGAGAUAAAUAUCGAUGAGGAUUUGCGCCGCAACUUGAUGGACUCUUUGGACACCUUUGACGUAACUCGAGCGGACGCUUUGCAGGGUCUUUAUGAUCGGAUAGAACAGAUGGCUUCGUCCGACUUUACAACACGUGCAAACCUCGAAGAAGUUGCCGCUGCAUGUGGACACUUUACAUUCAGCGUUCAAUCAUUCGGGGAAGAUGUGUUGCAGUACAUGGAUGUUUUGGAUGAUCUACAGUACGUCGUCGUCCACAAGAGUCGGAGCUGGAGAUGGCUUCUUUGGUGGAAGGGCGAUGAACAAGACCGCGCCAAAGCUAUACGUCUGUUUGAGUCGGCUGAGGCGGAUGUGUUGAUGCGUAAUAGACAAAGAUCUGUUAGUUCGACCAGCGGAGUAGGUACAUCAGCUACUGUACCCAUACCUAUCGAUGUCAGAACGUGGUAUCAGGCACCUGAUCUCAACAAAAUCCUUGCUUGGUUCUGGAGAAACAUUUCUACACUAUUUAAGAAGAUGGCGCGAGAUGAUAUCCAGUUCGGACUCAAAGUUGGUAUCGGAGCGGCUCUUUGGGCAAUGCUUGCGUUCAUAAAAGAGACAAGAGAACUCUACAGAGAAUGGCGUGGUGAAUGGGGACUUUUGUCCUUCAUUAUCGUCUGCAGUUUCACAGUCGGUGCUUCCAAUACUGUCAGUCUGGCCCGAUUCAUAGGAACGCUGUUCGGCGCGCUAUUCUCUGUCGUCAACUGGAAGAUUAGUCAUGGUUAUGCGCUGGCUCUCAUACCACUUGGAUGGCUGACUAGCUUCAUCAACUUUUAUCUGGUCAUUCAACAUGGGAAGGCUUCAUUUGGGCGCAUCAGUCUCCUGGCCUACAAUGUCUCUACUCUAUAUGCGUACCGAGUCAAGAGGAAAGCAGAUGGAAAUGACACGGCCGAUCAUGGUGUUUUUGAUCAGCCGGAUAUUAUGGAGAUAGCCAAGCGUCGCGCCAUUGCCGUCACAGCAGGUAUCAUCUGGGGUCUCGUUAUAUGCCGCGUUAUAUGGCCUAUCUCAGCUCGACGCAAGUUUAAAGAGAGUCUGUCUGUGCUCCACCUACAAAUGGGUCUCAUAUGGAAACGUGGUCCUCUUACCGUCCUUUUUCGGAGUGAAGGAUCGCAAAGCUACCUGAAAUCCGGUGAACAAGCUGCCUUGCAACGAUAUGCAUCCAACCUUGACAGCCUUCGAGUCUCAGCCGCGUCAGAAUUUGAACUACGUGGACCAUUUCCCAUGGACGUUUAUGGUAGAGUCCUGAAAGGAACCACGCGAAUUCUGGAUAGCUUCUACAACAUGAGUCUCGUGGCAUGUCGAAAGGGACAUUUGACAGAGGGUGAAAAGGCCUUGUUAGAGUAUACAGCUCGUGAGCGCGCUAUUCUCUGUGAUCACAUCUGUCAAGCUUUCCAAGUCGUUGCUAGUUCGACUAUGUUAGAGUAUCCUUUCGCAGACGCUACACCGAGUAUCGUGUCGGCGCGCGAGAAUUUGUUAAGCAAGAUCUUUGAGUUUAGAAAAGGCCAUCAUAGAAGAUUGGUGGAUGAUGAUACAAGUGAGAGUGAUGACUCAGGGGAGGUUCUUGUUGAAGAAAGGGACUACGCGUUGCUAUACGCUUACGCCCUUGUGACGGGGCAGGUGGCUGACGAGUUGAGGAUGGUGGGGAAGGAGAUUGGUAGUCUUUUUGGUGUUUUGGAUGAAGAUACGAGGCUUUUGCAAUGA